GCUUGUCCAAAUUUUUGUUGCCCUGAAUUUCGACGUCAUGAGGUUGAACAUUUGCGUGACGCUUCCAUACUUCUUUACCCAGAUACUAGCAGUGAUCAUUAGUCAAAACACUAUCACCACCAACCAACGUGUGGAAGUGAUAGCAAGUCUCACCAUCAAUGAAGGUGUUUUUUAUUCGAUUAUACACAACAACUUUCUUACUUUGUUGGAUAAGUUUGAAAAUGCAGGAAGGCUUUACGUUACAGCCUCUACCGGUUCGCAGGCUUCAUUAUUACUGACUGGAAUUCACUUCAAAAAUUCCGGUGUAAUUGUCUUUGAAUCCUUUCCUCUCGGUGAAUCUACGUAUCACAUUUAUGCCGAAAAUUUUUUCGAAAACAAUGGGGUGAUGCUCUUUGGAACCCUGGGCGAAUCUUCCGGGAUAACCAGAAUAUCUGUUUUGGCUAGGGAGUCAUGGACGAACACUGGUAUGAUGUUUUUCGUUGAAUCCAGAGGGCUCCCUUCUCACUUGCUCCUAGGAAAAUCUAAUAGUACAAGGAAGAACGUAACUAUCACGAAUGAAGGAACUAUUUGCUUCAAAAACCUCUUUUGGCGCUCAUUUACACGUAUUGAAGGGUAUGGCUGUAUUGCUAUAGGCUUUGAGUCGACAUUCGAAGUGGAUAUUUCAAAAUAUUCUGUUUCCCCGCUGCAGAUUUUUAGCUUGGAUCCUACAAACUCGAGGUUGAUAGUACGUGGACUCAAAACACCCAUGGAUGAAAUUCCUGUCAUCAAAGUCGUAGGCCUUGGAGAAGGGAAUUCCAUCGAAGUUGAAGUUCUCUACAGACAGAUUGCCGCAUGGGAAUUUUCUUCCCCUGGUUUAUUUUCACUUUUGAUUGCUGACACACCUCGAGUGACUUUUGAUCUUGGUCCAGAGUACUCUUUGCGAGAUUUUCAGGUCUCGGCAUCAUUCUAUGGCUGUAAGAUUACCGUCCACAGGCCUGUUCCACCUCUUCCACUUGUGUGCAGAUGCGAUGUGGAGUUUCCCAGUGCCCCAACAGCUCUUCCUUAGCUAGCGUUUUCUGUCGUAUCUAGUCUUUUGGGAAAUACCGAAGUCCUCUAUUUUCUGGCUCUCUCACCUGUAUUGCCUGUCCUUAUCUCCUUAAUCAAUAAAAUGGAUAACAUAAACGGCUAAGGAACGCGCAGUACGACACUGAAAUGGGGAACUUUAUGGCUUCAUGAAAGUAAUCAUACGAUUUUGAUCUCGGCCAGAAAUUCUGGUUAGUUCCUAACUUUGUUCUGGUAAAACCAUGUUCUAGUACUCCCCGAUACAGGACAGGGUGUGGGAUUUCGGACGAUCUUGGAAAAUUUGAGUCACAAGACCCAUGUACCCGGAUCCAAGAGUACAUUAAAUUGAACUUGAAAGGUCUCAGAUAUACAAAGUGACUAUAUAAUUAAUUGGGUGAUGGACGAGAGCAUUCUCUGACCACUGAUUCUCAUAUCAUCCAUUAAAGACUGUAUAAAGACCAUGC